CGCGGCCAAUGGGAGUUGCGUCAGCGCGGGCACGUGACCGGGGGUGAAAUGUCAAAAUGGAGCUGCUCGGUUCACGGACGAUUUUCGAGUGUUUUAUGUCGAUCGGUACCUGUUUUAUGUUGUCGGUGGCAUAUUUGGGCAGUUUGCACGUGUGGAAAAGCCAGUAUAAUAGAGACCAUCCAACAACUAUCAGACAAAGAUUUUUAAGCGUGUUUGUUAUGUUUUUCCUCUCACCAGUAUUUCUGUACGUAGGACUAAACAAAGAUGUUUUAGAAAAGGUAUCUUUAGCUGAAGUACUAGGCUUAAGGACUAAAGGCCUACUGCAGGCCUUUUUUAUGCCCUUAUUUCUCACCAUGAUACUGUUUCUCGGCCCCAUAUCCAUGGAACUGUACAGUGGGAUAGCCAAAUUAUAUACAGAAGAAUCUUACUGGUAUUCAAAUUUUACCAACCUGAUAUGGCUGAGGUCUCAUUUAGUGGCACCACUGUCUGAAGAAUUUACUUACAGAAGUUGUAUGUUACCUUUACUCCUACAGUGUCUACCACCUUUGACAGCCGUCUUAGUGAAUCCACUGUUUUUCGGUGUUGCCCAUUUCCAUCACAUGCAAGAAAGGAUAAGAUUUGGCUUGGACUUCAGGACGGCAUUCAAAAUAUCAUGCUUUCAGUUUGGCUAUACGACGAUUUUCGGGGCCUACUCUGCAUACAUUUUCUACCGAACGGGUCAUUUCGUGUCGGUGUUCGUGGUGCACGCUUUCUGCAAUCACAUGGGAUUCCCGGACGUCGUGGAGGUGGCCGGCUAUAAGAGAACGAAAAAAAUCGCCGUCGUUUCGUUAUUUUUCCUGGGAUUUUUUUGUUGGUGUGCCCUGUUGAAACCCCUGACCGAACCAUCGUGGUAUUACAACAAAAACCCAUGGUACAGUGGGUAGUAUUACGAAUACAUUGAAGUAAAACCUAAAAAAAUGUCUUGGAGAAGCCCCCGGAAAAAAAAACACAUAAAAGUCGAAAUUAGGACGACAGUGAUUAUCUUAUUUUUAUGUGUCCCUGUAUAACUUAAGCUAACAAUGUAUAAAAUGUCAAUUUUGCCAUAAAAAUAGAAAUAAUUCAAAAACUGUAAAACUGUAAAAAAAAAGAACGUCAUGGUAGUAAUUUGGAUGGCGAAAAAAGUUUAGGAUCAGGAGCUUAGGACAGAUUAUCGAUUUUGUCCUACAAUAUUUCAAUGAAGACUUCAAAUCAAAUGUAUUCUGUGACAUUGAUAAAAGUAUUAAGGACUAAUAUAGGUUAAAAAAUAUUUUAAAAAAUACUUUUUACAUGUAUAUUGUACGUCUUUUUAUAUGUACGAAGUUAGAAAUCGACUUUUUUUUAAAUAAAACGACUUAAAGCAUAAUAUAUUUUUAUAAUUUAUUUUAAAAUAUUGCCACACUUAUAAUAUACAAGGUGAAUACACAGUACAGCAAUAAUAAUAUGCGCCUACAUAUUUUAUUGAAAAUAAACACGUUAAAACACUUUUUGGCUACUGUGGAUCACCCUGUAUAUAUUACUCCCCGAUAAAAUAUUAAUAUUUGUUGUUAUAUUAUUGUUUACCUUUAUAAUAAAUAUUAUCAA